AACACUGCUUUUUACAGGAGGUACUUCUGCAACGUUGGGCGGGGCAGGGAGAAAACCUGUUUCACUAUCUGGCACAAUGACUGGAACAAUGGCAACGACAUUCCGCGCAGCCUGCUACGGGGGCACAAGCUCCGGGACCGUCCACCUGCAGCACGCCCUGGCAAGAAGCGCCGGCGCACGUCUGGCGCUGAGACCGGCGAAGGCAACGCCGGCUCCGACGACAGCGUGGCCGACACUGAAGUGUGGGCUAGCAUGGUCGAUCCGACGACGGGUUGGCGAUCGUGGAAGUGUAGGCUGUAG